GCUAGCUAAAAAAAGGAGCCCACUUGAAAAUCUUGGGUGGAUACCUCUGUCAAAUGUCAAUUUGGUUUUAUUUUGUCCAUACAUAACAAAGAAAGGAAAAUCGUACACAGAGACAACACAUGCAUUGGCAAUUUGGCAUGCACCCUCGAAUCAAGAUUAAGAAACCGCUGCGGCACGACUUCCUACUUAACUGUAAAGAGCCGAAACACGAUUUCUCAAGGCAGGCAGUAGAGCUUGCCAAAAGUCCAUCCCACGGCGCCCAAGCAACCAUCUUAAUCUUAAUUCGAUGGCGGCCGCCUCCCCACCUUCGACAAUCCUCAACUCGCAAUUCACGGAAGCGAAGUGGAUGUUGCAGACGGAGGAGAACUUGAAGCUGGACCUGGAGAAGGUGACCCAAAGCCUCCUCUGCGUGGUCCGAAUCCCGGGCUCUCUGAAGCAAGCCCAACAACGACCACCGGGCGCCGACGAAUGCUACUGCAGCUACACUCCCCAGCUCAUCGGCCUGGGACCGUUCCACCACUUCCGCUCCGACCUCUACCAGAUGGAGCCCAUCAAGCUGGCCAUAGCCAAGAGGGGCCUCGCCAGGUUCGGCCUGUCCAGUUUACGGGACCUGGCCGACCUCCUCUCCCCUCUCCUCCCUUCCAUCCAGGCCUGCUACGGCCUCCACCUGGACCUCCAGGACGACACCCUCGCCAGGGUCGUCGCCAUCGACGGCUUGUUCCUCAUCGAGUUCCUCCACAACGAGGAGCUCGUGAUACUCUCUUCCGUCGCCCCUUGCUUUUCCAAGAGGAAGCUCUCCCCGCAUGCCGUCCUCAGGGACCUGGUCCUCCUGGAGAACCAGGUCCCUCUUUUCCUCCUGGGGGAAGCCCUCCGGCGGGGAGGAGGCGCCUCCUCCGCCGCCAUCUCGGAGCAGAUCUGCUCCAAGCUGGACUCGGUGUGCCGCUUCCUGUCCCCUCUCGAUCUCCCCACGCAGUUCCCGCCGUACGUGAGGCGCCGGCACCUGCUGGAUCGGCUGUACCUCCUAAUGACCUGCCGGAACAACAACAACAAUACUACACAUUCGGCUGGCUUGGUCGACCUGCUUCGAGCUCCCACCUCGCUCGGAAUUCUGCAGCGGGUCGCCGUUGGUCUUCAUCUCAAGCUACCGGCCGACCCUCCGCCUCCGCUGCUGCCGCUUGUCCGAGCCUCCUCGGAUCCCACGGCGGCGGCGGCGCUGAAAGGCGACGAUGGAGAGGGUACUGUUACGACUGAUCGCGCUGGGGACGUCGGUGAUGUUGAUGACGAUACCCAACGGAUGGCAGCGCUGCUACAGAAAACCACCUCGCUUCCCGCCCCAGCUGGCCACGGAAAUAACGCCGAACACAACCGGGUCAACCGUGCUAAGAGCCUCUUCAGUAAAAUGGAGUCGUCCAUCAAAAUUGACGAAACCGUCACAAACCAGCUGCAAUCCUUUGCUCAACAAAAUGACAAACUGCCGAUAACGGGAGUGUUCCGCGUCUUCACCAUGCUCGACCAGGUCCUGAAAGAAGACAAGCGCCUCGUCCCUUCCGUCUACAAGCUGAAAAGAGUGGGCGUGAAGGUCCUGCGGGCACGCGACAUCGGCCUGAACAACAUCCGCUUCGACCACCACGCCAAGACGCUGGAGCUCCCGGCCUUCACCUGGAGCCCCAACACGGAGGUGGUAAUGCGCAACCUCCUGGCCUACGAAGCCCACGCGAAGUCCAGCUCCCUCCUCCUGAAGCGCUACAUGGAGCUCAUGCACGGCCUCGUCCGCUCGGUGGAGGACGUGCAGCUCCUGAUGGAGGAGGGAGUGGUCUCCGUCGGGGCCGGGGACCCCACCGCGGUGCUGGAAAUGUUCACCGCGAUGGGGACGGGGACCAACUAUCCCAAGGACCCGACCAUACUGGACCAAACCGUGGGGCGGGUCCGGGAGUUCUACAGCAACAAGUGGAAGACAUUGGUGAAGAGGCUCUCCAAGAAGUACGCCAAGGUCACCAUCCAGGCAUUGGUUAUUUUCACGGGGCUGGCCCUCAUCAUCGUGCUCUUCAUUCAGGCGUGGUGCAGUGUGUACAAGUGCUCUGGCAGUGCUUUGCACCAAACGCUUGCCGAGAUUCUCCAGGCGCACCACCUGCUUUCUUAUUCUUCCUAAUCAUAUUUAUUUACGGAUUUAUGCAUCUCUCGAUCUCCAAAUUUAUUUUAUCAUUAAAUUUAUAUCAAACCCAUCGGUUUAAUUGUUGUUAGUGUGCGCAUGUCUUUAAUUACUUGCAUAUGUUUAACUAUUAUUAAGACUUAAUUGUAUUUUUUACUCGGGUGAACUAUAAUAUUAGUUUAUCGUUGGUCUCUGAACUAUUUAUUUUCCUAGUCCCUGAAGUACUUUUUCAUCGACAGGUCGAUUAGUAUCGACUAGCGAGUCUAGUUUUUCAAGUCUUGUAAUAUCAAUUACCAACCUAUCUAUACCAAAAUAAAAUAAAAAAAUAUAU